UAGUGUUGUUCUCGUUGCAGUCGAGCGAAGACGUCACCGGAUUUAAACAAUGAUUGGUACAAAAGCAUUGCUCCUGCUGUUUGGAGCACUUUUGCUCGUUAGCUACACUCGAGGUGAAGAUGGGCAACUUGACCCGAAGGAACGGUACAAGAUCAUCAAGAGGUUGCUCAAGUCUCAAAAGGACAUUCACAGAGCUUUGCUAAGGAUUCGUCAGCAGAUUAUCAACGACGGGCAAGCUCCCGAAGGCGAACAGGACAGUAACGAGGAAAAAUACGAGGAAUCCAGCGAAGAUAGUCAGGAAAGCUACCGAGAAAGGCAGAGGGAAAUUCGCGAAGCUCGUGAAAGAAUUAACAAACACGUGAGGGAAAUCGCGGAGGAUUUUGAAGAAAUUCACGAGUUGAUUGCGAAAAUCGAACGCAAAGUUGACGAAGAAAUCGUGAACAUGGGUAAACGCGAUGUGAGCUUCAAUCUGCACUACCGACCAGAUCGUCGUCCAAAACCAAAGCCAUCUUCCGAAGAAAGUGAUGAAAUGCAAAACGGAGGUCCAGAUCCACCCAUGUCUACUACGGGAAUGCCACCUACAGUUCCUCCAAUAGACCAGUGGUUACCAACGCAUCCUCCAAUGCCGGCAAAUGUCCUGCAAAACGAUGGUCGCCGUAGGAAAAGGCCCUCCCGGAACAACUACCGCACAAGUAGAGCCUGGGAAGCUUUUGGUGCUGCCGAAGAAGUGGUUCACUGAGGAGAAUCAUUUUGAAACUGCUCAAUUAAAUGAUAAAACUAUACUUUAUACAUUAAGAUAACAAAACUGUUUUAAAAAGAUAAAAAAAAAUCGAAAGUUUUGAAUAAU